UAUACUUGCACGACAUGGCAACAGUGUGUGGACGAGUAGGCGGGGGUCAUAGGCAGUUAGACUAGCAGCAAGCCAACUUGUACCUCGAUCUUGACAUCUCGUUAUCAAUAAAGCACGUAUGUCCCGUGAACCCGUGUGUUAUACUUCAUUACAUGGCGCAGUCGGAUAUCUCUAGCAUCAACAUAGUGCGACUAGAAUUAAAUCGAGCUAGCAAUCCCGUAUUCAGUGAACUCUCGCAACCAAAGCCAAUUACCUAACCUCACUCUUGAUCAACAAGCCUCUCGUGCGCCCAAACCCCGUGUAUUAGUGAAAUUCAUACUGAAUGAUACGGCUCUGUGAUAAAUCUUGUUUGUUUGUGACUCUUGUUCAGCACGUCUUGUUCGCGUGAAAAUCUCUCUAGUGUGUGAACCCGAACCGACACCAACAGACUUACUCCCGCGUUCUCAGGAACCAUGGCAGUGGCCUACAACAUCCCGGCGAAAUUAUCCCUCGAUGGGAAUCUUAGUGAAAAUUGGAAGACCUUCAAGGAAGCCUUUAGGAUAUACCUAAUUGCAUCUGGGCUAGAUGAAAAGAAUGAUUCCAGGAAAAUCGCAAUAUUCCUCAACUUCAUUGGCGAAGAAGCCCUACGGGUUCAUGAGACCAUCAAGAAAGAAACAGAUACAAAACUUGCAGAGGUUCUUCAGACAUGGCAAGAGUACUGCAACCCUAAGAAGAACACUCUGCACUCUCGCUUCCUUUUUUAUUCUCGCAACCAAAAAGAAGGGGAAUCCUUCAAUUCAUUCCACACAGACUUGAAAACACUGCUGAUGGAUUGUGCCUUCGAUGAUUCUGAUAGCAUGUUGCGUGAUAGACUAGUACUUGGUUCAAAUGAUAAAGACAUUAAAACUAAGUUAAUCAAGAAAGGGGAUCCAUCCCUGAGUGACGUGGUAACAACCCUACGAGCAGCUGAACUUGCAGGUACCCAGGUCAGAGAGAUCAUAUCACAGUCAACAACCGAUGUCUCCACAGUUGACUCAGUUAAAACCUCGUACCAACCUGAGCAAGAAACCUGCAAGAAGUGUGGCUACAAACACAGGACCCCAGACUAUUGUCCAGCCAGCAACAAAACAUGUGCCAAAUGUCAAGGCCGAAAUCAUUUUGCCAAGGUAUGCCGCUCGAAACAAUCAAAGUAUCAACCAGAAAGACCAUCAAAGAAACAACCAAAAAAAGUGGACGAGGCCUGCAUGAACUCUAGUGAUGAAGAUUCUGAAGAAUACUUUUGUGGUUCAGUCACCCAUGAAGCACCGCCUGAAGUCACCCGAUCACAAGCAUGGAUGCAAACAGCAACUCUAGAAGACAGGAUGCAAGUCAACUUCAAACUUGAUCCGGGAGCUGACAUCAACAUUCUUCCAGUGCCAUUGUACUCUCAACUGAAAGAACUCGCUCCGCUAACAUUGCGCUGGUCCCCGUCGCGGGUACAAAGCUGGAACGGCUCCCAGACCCAAGUGAAAGGAACAGUAAUCCUAAAAAUUAAAAUUGGCAACCGUGCCUCAGAAGAAAAAUUUUAUGUUGCAGGUAAUAAACAAUCAAUUCCAAUUCUGUCUAGGGACACCUGUACCAAAUUUCAACUAGUUAAGCGCUUAUCUGUAGAUGAAAUUAUCUCCAAUGAGUCAAAAGACCCACAAUCAAUCUUAAAUUCCCAACUCCUAAAAGAAAAGGAAGCUAUUAUUUCAGAAUUCAAAGAUAGAUUUCAGGGCGUAGGUAGAAUUAAUAAAGAAUAUUCAAUCAAACUUAAGCCCAACUCACUCCCCUCCUCAUAUCCACCCCACAGAGUACCAUUAAAAGUGCGACCCAAACUAGAAGAAGAACUGAAUAGACUCCUGUCACUCGGAAUAAUUAGUAAAGUAGACAACCCGAAUUCCUGGGUGAAUCGGCUGGUAACCGUAGAAAAACCCAAUGGAGACCUGAGAAUAUGCUUAGACCCAAAAGACCUUAAUGAAGCAAUUGUUAAAGAAUAUUGUUUAAUACCCACUCUAGAUGACUUUUCGUGUAAACUUAAAAGUGCAAAAAUUUUUUGUGUUCUGGACCUCAAAGAUUCAUUCUGGCACAUCCCACUAGAUGAAGCCAGCUCAAAUUUAUGCACCGUCUCAACAAUGUUUGGAACGUACAAGUUUUUAAGGCUCCCUUUUGGAGUAAAUGUUGCCUCAGAAGUCUGCCAGAAAUGCAACUAUGAAAUAUUCGGAGGGAUAGAAAACGUGUUAAUCUGCAUUGACGACAUACUGAUCUAUGAUACCUCAAAGGAAAAGGCCAAACAAACCCUGUUGAAAAUCUUAAAAACAGCCCGAGAGCAUGACAUCAGAUUCAAUGUAAAAAAGUUCCAAUACAUGGUCGAGAGAGUGCAUUACUGGGGUCAGGUAUUUAGUGACGGCACUGUUCAGCCGGAUGAUGAAUCAGUUCAAGCAAUUCUUGACUACGACAUGCCCUCUAGUAAAAAAGACCUGCAGCGCUUUUUAGGAAUGAUUAACUAUUUAAGAGCAUACAUUCCCAACGUGGCAGAAAUAACUGCUCCCCUCAGAGAACUGCUGAAAAAAGAAGUAAUUUUUACAUGGUUAAAUGUUCACUCAGAAACAGUCAAUAAACUCAAACAAAUCAUUAUUAAUCACCCAGUCCUUCAAACGUUUGAUCCUGACAAACAAAUAGUGAUACAGGCUGACGCCAGCAAAAAUGGAACAGGUUGUGUCCUCAUGCAACAAGGGAAACCAGUUAGUUAUGCUUCCAAAGCCCUAUCUAGCACUGAAAUUAGAUACAGCCAAAUAGAGAAGGAAUUUUUAUCAGUCUUGUAUGCUUGUAAACGCUUUCACUCAUUCAUCUAUGGUCAGAAAAUCAUUGUUCACACUGACCACAAGCCAAUCGUGAAAGUAAUGAAAAAAGACAUCAUAAGAAUUCCAUCCAUUAGACUCCAAAGAAUUAGGCUAAAAUUAACCAUCUAUGACAUGGAUGUGCGAUUCCUCCAAGGUUCAAAAAUGCAUAUCGCAGACGCUCUCAGUAGAGCAUGUUCAACCCGAUCCCCUCAUAUAGACACAGACCCAUCCUUAAAUGAAAUUGUGCACUCUUUGAACGUAUCAGAUGAUCUUAGAAUUCAACUCCAGAAUGAAUCUGAAAAAGACCCAUCUCUGAUCUCCUUGAAAAUUCUAAUUAUAAAUGGAUGGCCGAGUUCAGAAACGAAAGUUCCAAUCCCCUUAAAAUUAUUUUAUCAAUACAGAAAUGUCCUCUCCAUAGAGGAAUCGCUCAUAUUUUUAGACAAUAGACUAGUGGUCCCAGAGUCCAUGCGCAAAACAAUACUAGAAAAACUUCAUGAGUCCCAUGUUGGUAUAACCAAAACAAAAGCUAGGGCAAGAUACCUUUUCUACUGGCCAAAAAUGAAUACUGACAUAGAACUGUAUGUAUCUAGUUGUAAGACAUGCCAAAAAUUUGCCAAAAACAAUGUAAAAGAACCAAUGAUUGUUAGACAACAGCCAUCUCGUCCAUUUCAAUAUGUUGCCAGUGAUCUUCUCAACUACGGAAACAAAGACUACCUAGUUCUAGUAGAUAUGUACUCCAAAUGGAUAGAGUUAGUAAAGCUCCCCUCGAAGACAGCCUCUGCAGUCAUCGCAGAACUUAAAAAGAUUUUCUCUGUGCAUGGCAUCCCUGUCAAGGUAUUUGCGGACAAUAAUCCCCAUAACUCCCUAGAAUUCAAACUUUUUGCCAAAUCCUGGGGAUUUGAGCCUGUAUAUUCCUCUCCUCAUUACCACCAGAGCAACGGACUAGCCGAAAAAGCUGUAGGAAUCUGCAAAAAUCUCCUCAAAAAAUGUGAUGACACAAACUCAGACAUCAACCUAAUGCUUCUAGAAUACCGAAAUACGCCCGUCUCAGGAACACCCCAUUCUCCAGCUCAGCUUUUGUUCAGUCGCCUUUGCAAAACUUCUCUUCCAAUAAAAGAUGAGCUCCUAGAACCCACACUCACUCCAAACCAUCCCACUACCCUAGCCCUCAAGGCUGAAAAUGCCAAAUCAUAUUAUGAUGAGCAUGCAAAAGACUCAAAUCACACUUUCUACCCUUCGCAAUCAAUACUUUUAAAGAAAAUUUAUCCAAGGGCACUCAGUGGAAGCCAGCCAAAAUUGUCAGUGCGACAAGCAAUCCCCGUUCAUUCGUAA